GACUCCGCGCGAACCACAUGCGAGCGGGCGCCUAGCGGCGGUGGCGGCGGCAACACUAGCGAGAUCAGCAGCGGCGGCCACGACGCGGACGCGCCUGCGGCCCGAGCAGCAGCAGCAACAGCAGCCGCCACUGCAGUUAGAGUGGCGGCAGCAGGAAUAACAGCAGCAGCCGCCGCAGCGAGCGGCGCUCGGCGGGCGCGCCCUCCUCAAGGAAGCCGCCCGUCCCACAUCACCGCCCCCUCCGGCGUGUUCAUGCCCCCGGGGCCCCAGGGAGCGCCAUGGCCCGUGCACGCCAGGAGGGCAGCUCUCCGGAGCCCGUAGAGGGCCUGGCCCGCGACGGCCCGCGCCCCUUCCCGCUUGGUCGCCUGGUGCCCUCGGCUGUGUCCUGUGGCCUCUGCGAGCCCGGCCUGCCCGCCGCCCCCGCCGCCCCUGCCCUGCUGCCCGCUGCCUACCUCUGCGCCCCCACCGCCCCGCCCGCCGUCACCGCCGCCCUGGGGGGCCCCCGCUGGCCUGGGGGUCCCCGCAGCCGGCCCCGAGGCCCGCGCCCGGACGGUCCUCAGCCAUCCCUUUCACCCGCCGAGCAGCACCUAGAGUCGCCCGUGCCCAGCGCCCCGGAGGCCCUGGCGGGCGGUCCCACCCAGGCGGCCCCUGGGGUCCGGGGGGAGGAGGAACAGUGGGCCCGUGAGAUCGGGGCCCAGCUGCGGCGGAUGGCGGACGACCUCAACGCGCAGUACGAGCGGCGGAGACAAGAGGAACGGCAGCGACACCGCCCCUCACCAUGGAGGGUCUUGUACAAUCUCAUCAUGGGACUCCUGCCCUUACCGAGGGGCCAUGGAGCCCCAGAAAUGGAGCCCAAUUAGGUGCCUGCACCCGCCCGGUGGACGUGGGGGACUUGGGGGGCAGGAUCCUCCCACCUCCUGACGCCCUGGCCAGCGCGGGGGACUUUUUCUGCACCAUGUAGCAUACUGGACUACCAGCCCUGCCUGUCCCAGGGGCGGGCUUGGCAGCCACUCCAGCCCCGGCCCAGCCUGGGUGCAGUGAUGGAGAAGUGGACUCCUGGGCCCCUGGCACCACAGCCAGGGGAAGGAGGGCUGAAGGACUCAGCAUCUGAAGGCGGCGGUGACUGAGGGGGUGGGGACUGAGCCACUUGCCUCUGCCGCCCAUCACCAUCUCAGGAAAGGCUGCUGGUGCUGGCUGCCCGUUCCAGCUGCAGGGGGGACGCUGGGGGCCUCCCCAGUGCUCCUUCACUUUGGGUCUGACCUAGGCCCCUGGUGCUUCCCCCCCUCCUCUUGGGGAGGGGGCCCAUGAAGAGCAAAUGAGCCAAACGUGACCACUAGCCUCCUGGAGCCAGAGAAUGGGGUGUGUCUGAUGGCCUCCCCAGCCUAGCGCCCAGCCAUCUUCCCUGAGCCGGCCGGCGGGUGGCGGGCUCGCCUGCCUCACCUUCAUCUGGGGGUGGCCAGGAGGGGCCCAGACUGUGAAUCCUGUGCUCUGCCCAUGACCACCCCUGUCCCCAUCAAUCCCAUUGCAUAGGUUUAGAGAGAGCACGUGUGACCACUGGUGUUCAUUUGGGGGGUGGGAGACUUUGGCAGAAGCCGCCCCAGCCUUAGUCCCCAGGGCCAAGCGCUGGGGGGUAGUCGGGGAGUCAGGGAGGGGGGGAAUCUCAGAAAAGGGAGGAGUCUGGGAGCGGGGAGGGAUGGCCCAGCCUGUAAAAUACUGUAUAUGCGCUGCUGUAGAUACCGGAAUGAAUUUUCUGUACAUGUUUGGUUAAUUUUUUUUGUACAUGAUUUUUGUAUGUUUCCUUUUCAAUAAAAUCAGAUUGGAACAGUG